AUGGCCGUCUCUCCUGCCGCGCUGCUUCCGCUUCUCGUCCUCGCCGUCAUCUGCGCGCUCGCCAUGGCUAACAUGGCAGCUGGGGAGACCAGUGCAGGAAGCGGUAAUCUGAGCAUGCAGGUGGGCGUGGGGGCGGGGAAUGGCAGCAGCACAGGUGGUGCGGUGGAGGCUCGGGUCCACGUGGCAACGGUGAUCUCGGUGCCGGGCGUGAGCCUCCCCGUCAGCUUCGACGCCCUCCGCUGCUUCAGCCUUCCCCGGGCGGCGCGCAAGGCGGCGGGAGACGUGCAGGUGUGGUGGCACGGGCUCACGGGCGGCGGCACGGGCGGCGGCAGCAAGAGCGGCGGUGGUUCGCGUGGGAAGGGUGGAGGUGCGGCGUGUAAACAGCUCAGGUUCUUCGCCAACCCGGCCUGCAAGGGCAAGGCGCUGGAUGAGGUGCUGCAGCCGCAGUUUGCCGCUCUAAGGAAAUUCUUCCACGUGCCCAGCAACACCACAACUCUGUGUGCUCUCCUGUGCUCCACAUCACCCGAGAGCCCGCAUUGCUUGAUUCUCCUCGCUGCUCAUUGUCUUACCCCCAUGUUGCUCUCACCCCAUGUUGGUCUUAACCCCCAUGUUGCUCUUACCCUUAUGUUGCUCUUACUCCCAUGUUGUUCUUACCCUUAUGUUGCUCUUACCCCCGUGUUGUUCUUACCCUUAUGUUGCUCUUACCCUUAUCUUGCUCUUUCCCUUAUGUUGCUCUUACCCCAUGUUGCUCUUACCCCCGUGUUGCUCUUACCCCAUGUUGCUCUUACCCCCGUGUUGCUCUUACCCCCGUGUUGCUCUUACCCCCGUGUUGCUCUUACCCCAUGUUGCUCUUACCCCCGUGUUGCUCUUACCCCCGUGUUGCUCUUACCCCCGUGUUGCUCUUACCCCCGUGUUGCUCUUACCCCCGUGUUGCUCUUACCCCCGUGUUGCUCUUACCCCCGUGUUGCUCUUACCCCCGUGUUGCUCUUACCCCCGUGUUGCUCUUACCCCCGUGUUGCUCUUACCCCCGUGUUGCUCUUACCCCCGUGUUGCUCUUACCCCCGUGUUGCUCUUACCCCCGUGUUGCUCUUACCCCCGUGUUGCUCUUACCCCCGUGUUGCUCUUACCCCCGUGUUGCUCUUACCCCCGUGUUGCUCUUACCCCCGUGUUGCUCUUACCCCCGUGUUGCUCUUACCCCCGUGUUGCUCUUACCCCCGUGUUGCUCUUACCCCCGUGUUGCUCUUACCCCCGUGUUGCUCUUACCCCCGUGUUGCUCUUACCCCCGUGUUGCUCUUACCCCCGUGUUGCUCUUACCCCCGUGUUGCUCUUACCCCAUGUUGCUCUUACCCCCGUGUUGCUCUUACCCCCGUGUUGCUCUUACCCCCGUGUUGCUCUUACCCCCGUGUUGCUCUUACCCCAUGUUGCUCUUACCCCCGUGUUGCUCUUACCCCCGUGUUGCUCUUACCCCCGUGUUGCUCUUACCCCCGUGUUGCUCUUACCCCCGUGUUGCUCUUACCCCCGUGUUGCUCUUACCCCCGUGUUGCUCUUACCCCCGUGUUGCUCUUACCCCCGUGUUGCUCUUACCCCCGUGUUGCUCUUACCCCCGUGUUGCUCUUACCCCCGUGUUGCUCUUACCCCCGUGUUGCUCUUACCCCCGUGUUGCUCUUACCUGUUGCUCUUACCCCAUGUUCUUCUCACUGCCGCAUUGCACACACGUGUCCCUGUACUACCCACAUGACUCUCUUCUCACCCCAUGCUGCCAGAAAUCACCUGCCAGCACGCCACGUGUCCCGCCAACUCCACGUGCAUGCCAACGACUGA